AUGGGUGUCACCCUUUGGCUUGUCCCGCCGCAACGAGAUGCGGAGCGCCUGCGGCGAAUUAUGCGUAUACGUCCGAGCUCGAAGCCGCUCACUAGCGACGCGUCGUACCCUGAUUUCGAUCCCCACAUAACGCUACUGGCCCUUCCAGCAGACUCAGAGAUCACCUUAGAUGCUCUGCGGGACGCCAUCCCCGGUGACCAAAAAUCCCUUGCCAUCGGAUUCAACGCCGUUGAGACCAGUGACCAUUUUUUCAGAUCGGCCCUUAUCACGAUCAUACCGACGGCCGAACUGUUUGCUUUGCAUGGGCACGUUCACGCAUCGUUGAAGCUCGAUCCGCGUACCCCGAUGUUUCCUCAUGUUUCUUUAUGUUAUAUUACGGACGAUGACGCCCAACGUGGUGAACGGGACAGAUACUUACAUGAACUCGAGACUCAGGGAAGAAUCAAGCGCGAGGUCGGAUCGCCACGAGUUAGCUUGGACUGUAGCGAGGAAGGUGAUCAGGACUGGAUGGACGGGUUCAGUGCCUGCGAGGUCUGGGUCGCGGAAUGUAACGGUCCUGUGGCAAGUUGGAAGAUAUUAGACAAGAUCCCGUUAGCGUAA